AUGGAUUCCUCUUCCUCUUCCUCCGCAGCGGGUUUGGGCUCGGUCGACCCGCAGCUGCAGCAUUUUAUCGAGGUGGAGACUCAGAAGCAGCGCUUCCAGCAGCUGGUGCACCAGAUGACGGAACUUUGUUGGGAAAAGUGCAUGGACAAGCCUGGGCCAAAGUUGGACAGUCGGGCCGAGGCCUGUUUUGCUAACUGCAUUGAGCGCUUCAUUGAUACAAGCCAAUUCAUCUUGAAUCGACUGGAACAGACCCAGAAAUCCAAGCCAGUCUUCUCAGAAAGCCUUUCUGACUGA